GGUAGUCACGCCUCCUACGGCAAGUGGGAGGCGGCAAGAUGGCGGCAGCUGAAGAAAGCUGUGGUGUCGGGGUUGAAGCGGAUCGGGAACUGGAAGAGCUGCUGGAAAGUGCUCUUGAUGAUUUCGAUAAAGCCAAACCUUCCCCAGCGCCCCCUCCUACCACCACGACCCCUGAUGCUUCAGGGCCCCAGAAGAGAUCGCCAGGAGACACUGCCAAAGAUGCCCUCUUUGCCUCCCAAGAGAAGUUUUUCCAGGAACUGUUCGACAGCGAGCUGGCUUCUCAAGCCACUGCAGAGUUUGAGAAGGCAAUGAAGGAGUUGGCUGAGGAAGAGCCCCACCUGGUGGAACAAUUCCAAAAGCUCUCAGAGGCUGCUGGGAGAGUGGGCAGUGACGCAACCUCCCAACAAGAAUUCACUUCUUGCCUAAAGGAGACAUUAAGUGGACUAGCCAAAAAUGCUACUGACCUUCAGAACUCAGGCAUGUCAGAAGAAGAGCUGACCAAAGCCAUGGAGGGUCUGGGCAUGGAUGAAGGGGAUGGAGAUGGGAACAUCCUCCCCAUCAUGCAGAGCAUCAUGCAAAACCUGCUCUCCAGGGAUGUGUUGUAUCCAUCACUGAAGGAGAUCACUGAGAAGUAUCCAGAAUGGUUGCAAGAUCAUCGAGAAUCUCUACCUCCAGAACAGUUUGAAAAAUAUCAAGAGCAGCACAAUGUCAUGUGCAAAAUUUGUGAGCAGUUUGAGGCAGAGACACCCACAGACAGUGAGACCGCUCAGAAGGCACGUUUUGAGACAGUGCUAGAUCUUAUGCAGCAGCUCCAAGAUUUGGGCCAUCCUCCAAAAGAGCUGGCUGGGGAAAUGCCACCUGGUCUCAACUUUGACCUGGAUGCCCUCAAUCUGUCGGGCCCACCAGGUGCCAGUGGUGAGCAGUGUCUGAUCAUGUGAAACACAACACACUUUCCUCCCUGAGUCCCAGCCAUGGGGAACAUCUGGAGUCAGCAGAACCAUGAGAACUGAAGCGGAAAUGUCGUCUAUGGGAGUGGUCUUCUCACCGCCCCGUUGUCCUACUCAAGACUGUGCCAUACCAGCUGAGCCAUUUCCUCUGUUUUUCUAGAAAUGGGAUCUGUUCCAUAGGCCAUUUUUGUGAGCCCUACUGUUGUGGUUUCUGCUGCUAGAAAAGGCCCAGCUAAGGAAGGUAUCCCUCUUGGGGCAUGUACCUUCUUCCCUUUCCCAAAAUAAUGUUAAAUAUGGCCAUACUCAUAUUCACCUUCUCGCCCGGGGUCUUUGUGCCUUGUUUCUACUCCUUUUCUUAGAUCUGGGGAGCAGGGGCAGAGUCACAGGACUCUACAUUUCUGUACUUCUCUUGGGCAGAGCCUCAAGGAGUGGAGAGACACUGGCUUGGGCUGUGGCUGUGGAUCUGUCACUGUAUCCUCUUGCCUUCAGACAGAACUUUCUUCAUUCUCUGAAGGGAAAGAACUUUUCUAUGUGAUCACAAUGGGGUUGGAAGAGAAGCCAUAGGCUUUUUCUUUCUCUAGGUGCUGAGCCCUCAACUCCUUAUUACAGCCUGGGCAUUCAAGUUACUACCCUUGUUCUUUCUACAAUGCCAUGUGGUCUGGAUGGAUCCAGCCCUUGACCUUCUUUUGCCCUGUGUCUGUCCUUCUCUCGUCUCUUUUUUAAAUUCUUUUUUAUUCUAAACCUGAGCCCAAGCUGUAACAAGAGGACCCAUCCUGUUCCCCUUCAUCCAGUAUAACCUCCACUCUGACUGCUUCCUUCCACUACAUAAUUGUAGUGUCAGGUCUGGCAAAUGAAUGGCCUUUCUACACAGAUACAUUGUGGCUUAUUUGAGACAACUGAUUCCCUUAGAAUCCUUGGUUUAGGGAAGUACUUGGGGAAGGGGUGCAGCUUGGAGCAGUACUAAUAAAUACUCUGAGUGAGGAAUGUGGCCUAUUUUUCAUCCAGGUCUUUUUCUGGUCUUUCCCCACUUCUGUAAGCUGCAGAAUGCGGGUGGAUGUUAGGAGAUAGUUCUAUGUAAGGUAUGUGCUAUGCUCCACCACUUCCUUGGUACCCCAGCUCAGUCUUCAUCUCAUUUGGUGAAGGACACUGGACAGCUGUUUGUUCUCAUUGCUAGGUAUUUCAAUCUGGAAAGCUCUUGAAUAGACAUUAUAUUUUAUUUUAUUUUUAUUUAUUUUUUGUGCCAGUUCUGGGCUUGAACUCGGGGCCUGAGCACUGUCCCUGAGCUUUUAUGCUCAGGGCUAGCUAGCAUUCUACCUAAUCUUUCAUGUGUCAACUCUGCUUCUGGUUAAUUGGAAUGGUUAGUUGGAGAUAAGAGUUCCAUAGACUUUCCUGCCAAGGCUGCCUUUGAGCCACAGUCCUCAAAUGUCAGCCUCCUGAAUAGCUAGGAUUACAGGCGUGAACUAUUGGCACCUGGCCCUAUAUUUUGGCUUUAUGUAUUAUAACUAUAGUUAGUAAUAUGUUGUUAAUAUGUUUCUAAAUUAUCUGUCUUUGAGCUGACUUUGCUGUUUUCAUUGACUCUGAAGACCUUGCUGUUAUAUGUUUGAUGAGUACUCUGAUGAGUCCAGAUGGCUGUCCUGGUUCACUCUGUAAAUAAUUCCUGUCAAAACAAAUUUGUACUAAUCAUAUGA